AUGAUCCUUCAAGCUCGUUUUGCCAUUAUUAAAAAGCCGUCUUUGGCGUGGGAUACCGACAUACUCCACAAUAUCAUGCUCGCUUGCAUCAUAAUACAUAAUAUGAUCGUUGAAGAUGAACGAGAGACGUAUCAAAAUAACGUUAAUACCAAUGAGUUUAUGAAUGCUGGAGGCAACGCUAAUGAGGACACUACCGAGUACCGUACUGAUCGUAUUGUGGAUAUCGGCUUAUACUUGUCUCGUAGAACAGAGAUUGAGGAUCAACAGACUCAUUUGCAGCUAAAAAACGACUUGGUCGAACAUAUAUGGAAUAAAUUUGGUAACAACGAAAACUUAGGCAAUUAG